GCGGCGACGACGACAACGACGACUCAGGCAGCGGUGCCUCUGGCGGCCGCGCAACAGAAGCUAUCGGAAUCGGAUGAUUUUACCGACAACUCGGCAGAAAACACAAAGGAAGCCAACCAAGAGGACACAUCGCAGCAGAGUGGGCUGGCGACGGUCGAGUCGGAGUACGAUACGGCAUCGGAUUCACCCUCGGACGGCGAGGAAGGCCAGGAGGUGGAGGAGAGCGGUGUCGACGAGGAGGACGAAGGAGAGGAAGAUGGUGAUGAGGAGUCGUCGUCAGGCACCGAUGACGAAGGGGAGGACGAAGGGGAGGAAGACGAUGAUGUGAUCGAGGUGCUCGAUUACGAGCGACAGAGUGGCGAUGGCCAGGAGCAGGAUGCGGAGAGCCGUCGGAAAGUGGACGACGACGAGGACCGUAGCAAUCCGCAGUACAUCCCGAAGAAGGGCACCUUCUACGAGCACGACGAUCGCACCGCCGAGACCGAUACGGACGAGCGGGGCGGCAUGGAUGGGGAUGACCAACCUGGCGGUCGUUCGAAGCGCGACGACGAGCUCGACGACGGUGGCGGUGGCGGCGGCGGUGACCAUCACGGCGGUGGUGGCAGUGGCAGCGGAUCGGGUGGUGGUGCUGCCGGUGCCAUCGGUGGUGGUGGCGGAGGUGGUGGUGCUGGUGGUUACUCCGUAGGCGAACGGCGAGGAUCGGAGAAGGGUGGUGCCGGUGCGCUGAAGGGAAGGAAGAAGUGGCAAGCGUCGACCGACCGCUGGACGCACGAUCGGUUCGACGAGAGCGAGCAGGCGCCCAAGUCGCGGGCCGAGCUCGUUUCGGCGUACGGUUACGAUAUACGCAGCGAGGAUGGGCCACCGAAGGCGCGCCGGAAACGACGGUACGCCCGCGGCCCGAAUCAGUACACGCGCAACUGGGAGGACGAGGACGCGUACCAGAAGUCGUCGAACGUGGAGCAUCAGCGCCACAAGAAGGUGCCCCGACCGGAGGAGUUCCCCGAACUGGGACCAAAAAGUAGUGCCGGCGGUGGGGCGCGCGGUGCGGGCGGUGCCGGGCGGUCACGGGUUGCACAGAAGAAUGCCACGCCGCGCCAAGCCGCAGGUGAACUUGGUGUCGCGGGCCGCACCGGGCGGCCGGGGGUUCGUGCGGAGCGUGUGCGGUCGGGUGAUUGGGCCGCGGAGAGAGAUCGCGAUAAGGACCAAGCGGACAAUGAGUACGGCGCGACAGUCGAAUACGGUAGCGGUGGCGAGGGCUUACGGUAUCGCAACGAGGAGCAACGGCCCAACGCUCGCAACAACUACCACAACAACAAGGAGAACAAACAGGGCGGAGUGCGAAACGGUGGUAAAGAGAAGGACGGCUACAGCAAGGUGAUCAACUCACUUCAGUUCAAAAACCAAACGCGCAUCAAGCCCACGGAGGGAGGUGGUGCUGCGCAGGGACCAGGGGCCGCUUCCGUUGUCGACGGAGCGGUCCGAGGAGGGGCACCAGUGCUCCACAGCAACAGUGCCGGUGCCCUUUCGGGCAGCAGCAACAGCAAUAAAAUGAACAACAGUGGACCAACGCCGCCGACCGGCAACAGCAGCAACACUUCCAUCGAUCGCGUGGAACCGCAGGCAGCCCGUGCGAGUGUGUCGACCUCCGCCUCACUCGGCUCGGUGCCGUCGUCCGGUACACAGCACUACGGACACGUGCCGUCGAUGGUACAGAUGCAGCAACAGCAGCCUCCGCUUCAACACCAACAACAGCAGCCAGCGCAGCAGUCUUCCCAGAGUCACUCGCAAUCGCUCAAAUCACAAGGAUAUCACGAGGAGGACCACCCGAAGUACGGUGCGAUGUACGGGGGCGCCGGACUGGACCAUGACGGUGGGCCGGUGCGAAUGCAGUCCAAAGAUAGGCAGCUGCUGGCGUCGGUGAGCGGUGGUGCCAAUGUGGUGCCGUUGGCGUCGGCUCCCUCCGGGGGCCAUAAUCAACGAUCUCAGGUCUCGCCUCGGGCGAUUGUCGCCCAAACGUCUCCCACGGUACCGCAGCAGUCCCAGCCGAUCACAAUGCAGAUGCAGUAUCAGCAGCAGCCACCGGGUGUCGCGUACGGCGUCACUCCCCAAGGCCCUAUACCGACGCACUCUCUGCAGCAGCUUCAACACCAACAGCAGCAACAGCUGCUGACCUCGGAGCCCGUCGUUAACCGAUCCAAAAGGUACUCGAGCCAACGGCAGCGAUCACAGCUGGAGAACAUGAACCUCGCGAUGCAGCAAUCGUCGUUACACGAUCACCAGCAGGUUCAGCAACAGCAGCAGCUGCUGCAGCAUCAACAGAUGUUGCAACAUCAGCACCAACAGGAGCAGAUGCAGCAGAACAAACACAAGCAAUCCUACCAACAGCCGCCGCAACAGCAACAGCAGCAGCCCGGAGGUGGCGCCGGUGGUCUGCCAAUGACCCUGCAGCAGACUGGCGACUAUCACCUCCAGCAGAACGCGGUGGCUGCCAAAUCUCAACCACAGCCACCUCCUCAGCCGGCGGGGCCACCACCGCCUCCGCAGUACCACCAGGCACCGACGGUUUAUUAUACGAGCGCGGCACCUACGAAUGUACCACCCGGUCCCGGGGACUACGUAACGACUGUCCCACCGGUUGCGGGUCCUCCGCCACCGCAAGUACAAGCUCCGCCGCCGCAACAACAGCCCCAGUACGUACCGCCGCCGUACGCCACGCAAGGACCGCCGUCCCAAGGCGGCUACCUGGCGGGGCCUCCGGUAGCACCACCGGCCAGUGCCUACUUGCCACCACCGCCUCAAGCUAGUCCCGCCGUCGUUGGUCCACCGCAAGCACCACCGGGUGGUCCCGUCCCGAACUACGUUCCUGCACUGGGUCCACCACCGCCAACAGCCCCCGUAAAUUCCGGCCAGUAUCCUGCCACCGCGUACGCCGGCUUCCAGCCCGGCUACAAUCCGGCCGUGCCACAGGGUGUCGUUACCGGGGCGCCUCCACCGCCCGUUGUCGCUCCUGGAGCCACUGGGCCACCACCGCCAGCUGCCCUCUACCAACCGGCCGGUGGCAUCACUUACUACGCACCCCAAACACAGGCGCAAGCACCGCGCCCACUUCCGACCGGGCGGCGUCCCACGGCGGCGAUACCCAUCCUGGCGCCCCCGGACCGUAAACCAGUGCCUGCGCCCGCGCCCGGCAACGCCCAGAGUAAAGCGCCGAACGCGGCCUCGGUAGGGUCCAAUCGUACGGACGGUGGAGACGGCGGUAUGGAAACCCCAGCGACCGGUGUCGGUGAGGCCGACAGUGGUGAAAACAUUGACCACAUCCUGGACAACAUGUUCGUGCAGCGACCCCCGUACCAGCCUCCGUCUCGCAAAAGUCCCUCACCAGCUCUCCAGUCAUCGGUGGUGGCGGCGCCCGGAUCGGGAGCUCCACCGUCCAUGAUGGGCAGCGAAGGCAACGCGAACGGUGCCACCGAGCUGCGGCAUGAUCCGGAAGCGGACAAGAAAGUAAUGGACGGAGGCGGUGGUGGUGCGACGCAGGAAUUGGUGGACACGAUCGGUGACUCGGUUAAGAAGCUGUCCCUCCAGGACGAAAUGUUGUCCCACGGGGCGAGCUUAGCGGAUGGUAACAACGAAACCAACCCCAGUGCCGUGGCUGGAGCUUCGGACGCAGUCGGUUCGCACACCGCGGACGAUUGACGGUACUAAGGGUGGCAGAAGGACGCGAUGCGAUGUCGAAACAGAUUGCCAGCCGAAAGAGCUAUUAAGAGCAUAAGAUAGUCGAUAAAAACAGAGUCAAAGAGAGAGAAAGAGCGAGCGAAGCGAGAGUCCAUUUUCAAAUUCACUUCCGGUUGUGUGAGGUUUUGCGCCAUGAUCCGCUUAUCAACUAAUGAGUAUCCUCCAUUCAUUUUUUCUUUUUCAAAUUUCCGCGAAAUUCGUUGGAAGAUUCAAUUAUUUUCUUUUGUAUAACCCGAUUAUUUUGUUUAAAUUAACUCUUGAACUUAUGCUUUGAUUUAUAUUUUUAUUUUUGUUUCGAUUUUGUACAGCUCACAAUCACUUUGCUCUGGUUGGAAUUGGGGAGCUUUGGAUUGGAGUUUAUUUCUUUUACUUUUAAGCAAUCGUUUGGAUUUAUCCAUUUUGGAUAAUAGAUUGGCGCUGAUUAUGGACGAACACAGACAGAUAAGAUAUUAGCUUCGACAGCCUCGCAACAAACCCGGAAAUCAUAUCGAGUACCUUUCUUUAAGAAGACGGAUCUUUUGAAUCGUGCCGUGUAGAGCGUAGAGUUGGCAGUUAUUGCUUCCACAUAGUUUCUGCCCGAAGCGACCCUGCCUGCGAAGAAGGGUGUUAUUUGUAUAGAAACACUCUAAACCCACAAAACAACGAACAAACAAUUAGAUACAAAUGCGCCUCGGCAUAGGGAAGGCGAUCGCGUAUAUUCCUUUACUGUACAUCUUUGGUUUUGUAGUUGACGUAGCGAGUGGAACAUUAGCUAGUGGAAAGCAAGCAGCGCUGCAGGGAAUGUGUUCAUUCGGCUCAACACUUUGGCGCCGAAUAGGGUCUCGCAAUACGAACAGACACCAGAACCAGUUUACGUAGAGAAAGAAAGAUAUGAUAGAGCCGCGGGCAGCGAAGAGGAACAUUAUGAGUAGUGAUUAGUAGUGAACAAUUGUGGAAACAACCAAUUCACGUGAAACAAAUAAGAAACUCACGACCACAGGUCAAAAGCACAGGCACACGUACGCCGCUUUCCUGGCUCCUGGCAUACAAUGAGCUGCCAGAGCUCUUUCCUCACGCUUCUCUCGGAUGAACGAACAAAACUGGCCGCGUUCAUUGCGGUGGCAGACCUUUCAAAGGGACAAACAUAUUGUAUUUAUGAUUAAAACACAUAUUAAAUUGAUUUCGU